GUUUUGUCCUGUGUGCUUAGAUUGUUGUUUCAGUUAUAAAUUGGAGAAUUGUUUUGAGAUUAAUUCAAGCAUUUGAAGCACAAUGGGAGGUGUUUGCUCUGGUGGAACCAAAGAUCGGACUAUAAAGAAUGAGCAAAAGACUAGAGGAUUGUCAGGGAAACUCAAGUCGAAAAACAGCUUUGCUAAGCAAAAAGGAAACUUCAAUUCACUUUCCCAUGUCAAUGGCGACAAAGCACGGCAAAUACACGAUUCUGUCGACUUUGGAUUGCAAUUUUCCCGGGAACUGAAGCCAUCAACCCCUGCAAAGACUACAUCUUCCAAGGUUUCUCACCGGAGUUCAUUUCUAGGAAGGGCUGGGAUUAUAGGCCUAGAGAGGGCAGUCGACGUUCUAGAUACCCUCGGAAGUAGCAUGACGAAUUUGAAUCCCGGAAGUGGCUUUGUCACUGGCCUGGCUUCUAGAGGCAAUACAAUAUCUAUAUUGGCAUUCGAAGUGGCUAAUACGAUAGCUAAAGGAGCAAAUUUGUUGCGGUCACUUUCAGAGCAGAACAUACAAUUCCUUAAAAAGGAUGUCUUGCAUUCAGAAGGAGUACAAAAGCUAGUUUCUUCAAACAUGAAGGAGUUGCUAAGCAUUGCUGCAGAUGACAAGAGGGAUGAAUUGGAUAUUUUUUUGCGGGAAGUAGUCAGAUUUGGAGAUCUUUGUAAAGAUCCACAGUGGCAUAACCUUGACCGAUACUUUUCAAAACUAGAUAUACACAAUUCACUCCAUAAACAAGCUAGAGCUGAGGCAGAAAUGACAAUGAAAGAACUAACGUCUCUUUCUCAGCACACCUCGGAACUGUACCAUGAAUUGAAUGGUCUGGACAAAUUUGAGCAAGAAUGUAGGAGAAAGCUGGAAGAAUUGGAGGCCUUAAAUCUCCCUAAAAGAGGAGAGGAUCUCGUGAUUUUACAAAGCGAGCUAAAGCAACAACGAAAGCUCAUAAGGAGUUUGAAAAAGAAAUCUUUUUGGUCUAGAACUUUGGAAGAGAUCAUGGAGAAACUGGUUGAUAUCGUUACGUACAUGCAUCAAGCAAUCUUUGAAGCCUUUGGAGAAGCAUCAUCAGCCGGAAAGGAGACUCCCGAAAAUUCUCAGAAACUAGGUGUUGGUGGACUUGCAUUACACUAUGCUAAUGUAAUUCAUCAGAUUGACAACAUUGCGGCUCGACCAGCUUCGCUUCCUCCUAAUAUCAGGGACACAUUAUACCAUGGAUUGCCACCCACGGUUAAGAAAGCUUUAAGGUCCCGAUUACAUUCAAUCGACACCAAGGAAGAGCGCUCGAUUUCACAGGUCAAGGAUGAGAUGGAAAAGAUCCUUAAGUGGCUUGUUCCAGUUGCAACAAACACAACCAAAGCAUGUCAGGGUUUCGGCUGGGUUGGAGAAUGGGCCAACACAGGCAAUGAAUUCGGAAGAAGCGCAGCCAUAAACGUCAUCCUCACCCGUCUUCAAACACUUUAUCAUGCUGAUAAACAGAAAACAGAUGCAUACAUCCUUAAACUGGUGGCAUUGCUGCAUCAAUUGAUCAGCUUAGUAAAACAAAGAGAUCACGGACUCGAGCCUCAGCCUUUUCGAUCUCCUACAUAUAAAGGCUUGCUUUUUCACUCAAAGAUGCAGCAGCGAGUUCACUCCUUCAACGGCAAUGGAACUAAAGCGCACAAGAUCGAACUUUCUGAAGAAGACAGAAAAUUAUUAAAUAAGGUGACAGGUAGGAGAUUGAUUCCAGGAGUUAGCAAAAGUCGAGAGCUUCCUUUAGGCAGAAACAAAAGGAUCAAAGUUUGGACUUUCAGUAGGAGUGCUGGGAACACUCCUGAUAGGAGCUUGAGGACAAGAAAAUGUUUGAAGCGUUCAAAAGCAAAUAUAUUGGACGUCAUGGAUGGCUUAGAUCUUGCAACUUAAGUCUCACGUCCAAAACUUUUAUCUGAUUCCCAAGAUUCAUUUCAUCUCUUUCUAUUGUAUAUGUUUUUCCUAUGAGAUUUACGAGUGUAUAUAAUACUUUCAAU